UGCUCUUUAAUUAGAAACACAUUUCUGUGUUUUUUAAUUAUGGCCUCUAUAGAUCCUACUCAAGAGGAAAGCAUUGUCCAGUUUGUGAGUGUGACUGGAGCUGAUAAUGAAAGAGCUCUCUUUUACCUACAAGCAGCUGCUUGGAAUCUAGAAUCUGCCCUAAGUGCUUUCUUUGACAAUUCUGAGCCGUCCCACUCUGGUGAUGGUCUGGGGGAUGAACCUCUCAUGCCAGUCCAAGAGACGCAAGCUCCUGAUCCCUCGGCUGUCCCCAACCGUCACGCUGUACCCGAGAAGGAAGAGGCAUCAUCAAAGCAACAGGGAGGAAUUGCCACCCUCUCUGACUAUCAGUCCAAACCGGGAACUUCCAGUGGGGACAAAGGUCAGGAGUACUUUGCGGGGGGCUCUGAGCACAGUGGGCAGAUGAUUGAGGGCCCUCCCAGGAAGAAACAGACCCCUGACAGUAUCGCCAAAGAGGUGUUUGAGUCAGCGAAGAACCAAGGUGCCAUGAACAUUGAUGAAGAAGAGCAGCAGAAAAAGAAAGAUAAAUCAGCAGCUUUCCAGGGUUCAGGGUUCAAGUUGGGGGACUCAGAGGGUCCGAGUGUGCAAAUCAGAGGAAGAGCACGUGACCAAUCAUCUGAGAAGGUUCGACACACAUUAACGUUCUGGAAGGAUGGUUUCUCAGUGGAUGAUAGUGAACUGCGCAAUGGAGAGUCGGAAGCUGACAAGGCCUUCAUAGCAGCCAUCCGUAAAGGGGAGAUUCCUCAAGAACUACUUCGCUCGGCUAAAGGCGGGGAAGUAGACAUUGACUUACAGGACAGACGAACAGAGAACUAUGUCCAACCUAAACGCAAGGUCGUGGCUUUUUCUGGGGAGGGGUAUAAACUGGGAGGGGUUGCCCCAGAGGUAGUGUCUCAUGCAUCCCCUUCCUCGUCUGCCACGCCCACUCCCCCUCCAUCAGUCCCUAUCGAUCCCGACCAACCAACAACUAAUGUUCAAAUCCGAUUGGCCGAUGGUAGCAGAGUGGUAGCAAAAUUUAAUCACACCCACACUGUCAACGACAUCAGACAGUACAUCAAUCUAGAGCUUUACAUACGCCGUGUUUGUGUCCCCAAUGACUGCGCUAUAGUCCCUAACCCUCCCAUCAGCUGUCGACCCUCUUCCUCUGUCUACGCUCUAAUGACCACCUUCCCCAAUCGAGAACUGAAUGACCCAACACAAACAAUAGCUGAAGCUAAGCUUCUCAAUGCUGUUGUUGUGCAGAGACUCAAGUAGAGCUGUGUAGUGCAAACUCUAUAUUGUUACUCACUCAUUGAUUGUUGAUUAUUCUGUAUGUACAAUUAUCAUUGUAUAUAAAGGGUUUUUACGGAAUAA